AUGAUUGGUGAAUGCACCACCCCUUCUGGGAACGGAGGAUCUCCGACUUAUGGUCAAUGGGCUGUCUACUCCGUUUCCACCCCGCUUGUCAGUGCCUUCCAGCAAGAUGCAGGUAAGGAGAGUGUCCUUAAGGUCCAAAGCACCGGAGAGGGUGAAUUGGCCGAUCUCAUUGAGGAAUUUUCCGAAGGGCGGGUGCAAUUCGCCUAUGUGAAGGUGACGGAUUCCAACACCGGUCUUCCUAAGAACGUUCUUAUUGGCUGGUGUGGAGAAGGUGUGCCGGAGCGAACAAAGGGUUACUUUACCAGUCACCUGGCGACAGUUUCCAAGUUUCUUCAUGGAUACCAUGUGCAGGUCACAGCCAGAGCAGAUGGGGAUCUCACCCCCGAGGGAAUCGUCCAGCGUGUGGCAGAUUCCUCCGGUUCCAAGUAUUCAGCCGGCGAGGCUUCUGCUCCGGCCUCAGCCCCCCGGCCUGCUGUAGCUAGCAAGCCUGCUUUCACACCGACUCGAUCUGGGGGUAUCACUCCUAACCCAGCUGCUCGCGUACAGCCCACACCUUCAAAAGCUAGCGUCAAUGAUGAUGGAUGGGGUGCAGAUGCCCCUCCCGUGACUCGCACCCAAUUGGAAAAGGUACAAUCGGCUUACCAGCCCACUAGAGUGAACCUGCAAGAACUCAAGGCAAACCCCACGGCCAGUCGUCAACCUGCCGCUGCUACCUCGGAUGAUUCUAGCGAUGUGGUGAGGGGUGGUUACCAGCCAGUGGGCAAAGUCGAUAUUGCUGCAAUUCGGAAGCAAGCUGCCGCCUCCGGUCAGCUAAAAGAUGAUCGCCCGGCAAUUAUCAAGGGCUCCUAUGAGCCCGUUGGCAAAGUAGACAUCGCUGCUAUUCGGGCUAGAGCACAGAAGCCGGAAGGCACCAGUGAAAACGUUCCAUCGAGCAUCGCAGUCAGCCCACAGCCAACAACGUUGCCCGAGCGACCUGCGCCUUCCAAUGUUUCGGAGCGCUUGACCAAUCUACCCAAACCAAAGGUUGCCAAAAACUUUGGCCCGAGCCCUUCCUUCCCAGGAACAAAGCCACCACUCCCAGUUGGUCUUGGGCCUAAGCCAACCACCAGUGCGCAGAUUGGAGCUGCAAGCCGAACUUUUGCCGAUGAGGGAGGCAAGACACCUGCUCAAAUUUGGGCAGAGCGCAAGGCCAAAGAGCGCGGAGUGGCUCCCUCAUCUGGAAGUACUGAGGCUGCCUCUACCCCUGCCCCGAUUCAAAGCCAAAUUAGUGGCCAGAGCGAAUGGAAGAGCUCCUAUACAGGCAAGUCUUGGGCUCCCGUUCAAACUGCACAGGAAAGGUCGUAUGUUCCCGAGCAGCCCAUCGACGCCAAGACCAAUGAUCAGCCAGCGGAUGAACCACGGCCUCAUGUGAGUGAUGUUCGUGACCAAUUUGCUCAUGAAACGCCUGCCCCCGCGCCACUCGCCUCUCCUGCUCCCCCCGUCCCGCAGGCCAGUCGCCCUGUUCCUGUCCCAGGGCUGUCCUCUGCGCCCGUCGAGUCCGAGCCCGAACAUGAUGCUCAACAGGUUCUUCCUCCCCCUCCACCGCAGCCUCCUCGCUCCCCAACACCUCCCACUCCGGUGCGUGAGAGCUCGCCGAUUCAGAUUGCCAUGCCGGUUGGCCAUAGCGUUGCCGACAGCGUUGCGGAUGUUCAUGAGGAGCAGCAAUCUCCUCCUCCUGCCAUGCCUGUUCGGAGCCUCCAGGAGGUCGUCCCAGAUGAAAGAGAACUUGAGGAUGAUUCUCACGACCUUGGCCGCGCUGCAGCCGCGGCAACCGCUCCUCAACAGCCCGAGCCCACAGGCGGACCGCGAGCUCAGGUUCAAUAUGACUAUGAAAAGGCCGAGGACAAUGAGAUUGAACUACGAGAGGGAGAGUAUGUGACUGACAUUGAAAUGGUCGACCAGGAUUGGUGGGUGGGUGUCAAUAUUCGGGGUGAGCGUGGUCUCUUCCCGGCCAACUAUGUGGAGAUUGUGGAGGACAAAGAACCCGCGUCACACGCGCCAGCCGGUUCCCAUCAUUAUGAAGCAGAGCCAGAGCCAGAGCCAGAGCCAGAACCUACUGCUGCCCCCGUGCCAGUUGCGCCCACACCUUCCGCUGCACCAUCGGCGACUGUUCCAAGCUCCAAACAGGUCACAGCCACAGCUUUGUAUGACUAUGAAGCCGCCGAGGAUAAUGAGAUUAGCUUCCCCGAAGACGCGAAGAUUUCCAAUGUGGAAUUCCCGGAUGAUGACUGGUGGCUUGGUGAGUACAAUGGCAAGCAAGGUCUAUUCCCUGCCAACUAUGUUCGCCUGGACCAGUGA